AUGGCGGCGGAGGGGCCUGGAUGCCGGUUCGCGGUGGUGCUGGAGGGCGCGGCGGGGCCGGCGGGGCUGACCCGGGCGCUGCGCAACAAGCUACUCCGCUACUUCCAGAGCGCGCGGCGGUCUGGCGGCGGCGAGUGCGAGCUGCUGGAGCGGCGCGGGCAGGUGCUGGUCUGCUUCGCCGACGAGCGAGUGAGGCAGCGAGUCCUUGACCAAAAGAACCAUGAGGUCGAUUGGGCAGAGACAGGGAAGUUGCAGCUGGUGGUCAGGAAGCUGGAAACAACGAGCACAACUGAGAAGAAAGAGUCUCAGGAAGAGCUGAUCCCCCAGCAGGAGCUGGAGCCGGAGCCAGCCAGCACAUUCCAAGAGUCAGUUAAUGAAUCGGAAGCAUUUGUUCCAGCCCUGAGUGCUGAUGGGAAUUCUGCGCGUGUAGAGCAAGAGCCGAAGCCAGAUCCUUCAGGGAAAUUUGGAGGAGAGACAACGCCCUCUAAGGAAUUCACUGUGGUCAUCACAACUGCCACUGAGGAGGAUAUUGAAGACGAUCUCUUGGAAAUGUACUUUGAAAAUAAAAAGCGGUCAGGUGGAGGACCCAUCAAGUCCUGUGUCAGAGACCAUCAACAAAUUUUCAUCACCUUCGAAAAGGAAGAAGAUGCUCGAGACAUCUUGCAACGAAAGAAUCACUCAGUAAAGAAAAUUGCACUUUGUGUGAAACCACUCCAAGUGGAGGAUAUUCAAGAAGUCCUGUCUUCAUCCUUGGUUGUGCUAGAAAACGUACGGGAGACUACAAAAGAAUGUGUGUUGACUCUACUGGUGGAGAAUAUCAGUGGCUUAUCAGUAGAUGAUGAUGACUUCAGUAUGGAACUAAUACCUGAACUAAAUGCUGCUGUAAUCACGUUUAUCAAGAACAUUGAUAUUGAGAAAUUUGUUCAAACAUUCAAUGAAAACCACAGGGCAAAGCAGCAAGGACUUAAAGCGGGUCAUCUGGAGGAGACCAACAUAAUUAAAAUUGAAAACUUACCACCUAACAUAUCGUCUGAUUAUAUAAGUGUUUAUUUUGAAAAUAAGAAAAACGGAGGCGCACAAGUGUCUGAUGUUCAACAACUACCGGAAGAUAAUGCAGUUCUCGUCACCUUCCAUGAUUCCAAGGAUGUAAACACUGUCUUAAGAAAGCAGCAUUCACUCAACCAAGUUCCAAUUUCAGUAUAUCCUUACCACAGCUCACUGGGCACAGCUCUAUAUGGAAAGGAAGGGCCACAAAUAAAAAAACCGGAACCAAUCAAAAUGCCUCUGAAUCCUCAUAUCUGGAAGCUUUUGCAGGAGGAUCAGAAGCUAAUCCAAAAAAUAAAUCAUGAUAUGGCAGAUUGCAACUGUGACAUAACAUGGCCACCACCCAGUUGUGGAAAUCCCCAAAUUGUGCUGUCUUUCUCCAAUGCUUUGUCCAGCCACAAAAGAUCAAUGGCUCAGGCGAUCAAGACAUGGAAUAAAGAUGUUUCUGCAAAGUUUUCAAGUAGCAUAUCGGAGUACAAGACCACUAAAUAUAAAAUAAAUUCAGAGGUGUGGGAAGCCAUUAGAAAUAGUGUGAAGAGGGAUCAGGUCUUAAUCAUACCUGAGAUUUCCAAGGAGAUGGUUGUCUUAGUAGGUGGCAAAGAGUUUAUGAAGGAUGCAGAGCAAGAAAUGAACUUGCUAAUAGAAAAGGCAACUAAAAAGAUAGACAGAGAAAAGAAUGUUACUGAAGAAAAGGUGUCCAUUGCCCCAGGAGAGUAUGCAGUUUUAAACACUUCUAGACUUGAUGAUGUUUAUAAGGAGUAUCCAUCCAUGAAGAUAACUUAUGAUCCUUCAUCAAAGAAGCUGAGCCUGUUUGGUGUGGCUGAAGAUGUUUAUAAAAUCAAAAGUGAAAUACUGGAAAAGGUACACAGCCUGGAAAAGAAAGCAAUCUCUAUGCAUCCUUACAUUUACCAGUUUCUACAGCAUGUAGAUAAUGAAGUGGUCUCACAGAGCUUAUUUGUGUCAAAUCAAAUUAGUGCCUUUUAUGAGCUUGGCGAUGAAGUCCUAAUGCUGAUAGGAGCAUCUCCUGAAGUACUGCAAAAAGCAGAAGAAGUAAUGGUGAGGGAUUUGACCUAUAAAUGCAUUGAGCUGGAGGAUCAGUCAGUCCUCAGAAAGCGAGAAUGGCGGGACCUCACUAACCGUUUGUACAAAGCACACAACUGUUUGAAGGAAAGCAUUACAAUUGAUGAGAUGGAGGAUCGGAUAGUUAUUGCUGGUUAUUUUAGAGUAGUUGGAGAAGCCUAUCAGCAACUGCAUGAUUUUUUAGAUAGAAAUACCCAAGUUCAAAAGAUCAUUAAAGCAAAGUCUGUGGCAGUUGUAAUGUUUUUAAAGGAACGGAAGUCCAGUGUUUGCCUGGAGUUAGAAAAAAAACAUGUGAAAAUUGAAUUUGGCACACAGACUUCACGUAAGAGCAUUUCCCUGAGUGGAUCGAAAGUGGAAGUGCUGAAAGCAGUGACGAUGCUUGAACGAAUUCUGUCUACGUUGCAUUCUAAAAACGUAUUAAUUGAUAAACCAGGGGCCAGGCAGUUUUUCAAAGACUCUGAAUCCUUAUAUAGUAGUGGGGUGGAGCAAAAAUUUAGGUGUCUGAUCAGGCUUCAAGAAGAGGGAGAAGAAUGUGAAAAAGAUGACGCAGUUAGUAAUGUUCAUAAGAAAUCAAGCGGGAUCUGUUGGACCAAAGCCCUGCAAAAUGGGGUUCUGGUGGAAGUUUAUAGAGGUGACUUGUGCAGUCAUCCCGUCGACGUUAUUGUGAAUGCAUCAAACGAAGACUUAAAGCACCUUGGUGGCCUUGCUGGGGCACUUUUAGAAGCUGCAGGCCCAGAACUCCAGGCAGAGUGUGACCGCUUUGUGAGAGAGCACGGCUGUUUGCAGCCUGGGUGUGCGGUGAUUACAAAGCCUGGGAAACUCCCUUGUAAACAGGUGGUGCAUGCUGUUGGUCCCAGGUGGAAGCAGAACGAAGCAGAACUGUGUGUGGAGCUUUUAAAAAAAGCAGUAGAGAAAAGUCUAAAACUUGCUGAAACAUACAAUCAUCGUUCCAUCGCACUCCCUGCAAUAAGCUCGGGGCUUUUUGGAUUCCCAUUAAAGUUGUGUGCACUUUCAAUUGCAACAUCCAUUAAGGAAACCUUGGAAGAUUCCACAGGUGACAGCUGUUUGAAAGAGAUUCAUCUUGUGGACACUGAUGAGAAGACAGUCAAGGCUCUCAUUGAUGCUUUGGAAGAAGUGUCGGGAGAGAAGUCAUCCUCAUCCUGUUCAUCAGCUUGGUCUGCAGCAGAUUCCCAGCCCUCAAAAGCUAGAAACACUAAAGAUGGAGAGGCUCUCCAAAUGGUAACUACAGCUGAAGGUCUGAACAUUAGGCUGUUGAAAGGAGGCCUUGAAGAUGCAACAACGGAUGUCAUUGUGAGCAGCGUUUCCAAAGAUCUAAUGCUGGAUAAAGGUCCACUGUCAAAAGUCUUGCUGAGCAAAGCAGGCCCAAUGCUUCAGACAGACUUAAAUGGAGAAGCCCAAGGAAAAGUAGCUAGUGGAGGGUCUGUAUUCCAAACAAAGGGACACAACUUAGGCUGCAGUUUCGUGCUUCAUGCCAUUAUUCCUGCAUGGGAUAAAGGGCAAGGAUCUGCACAGAAGAUCCUAGGGGACAUCAUUGAAAAAUGUCUGCAGAUCGUGGAGGAACAGUCUUUAAAGUCAAUCGCAUUCCCUGCAGUUGGGACGGGGAACUUAGGAUUUCCGAAAACAGCUGUUGCUAAAUUAAUGUUUGAGCAAGUGUUCCAGUUCAGCAGUAAGGUGAACUUAAAAUCUCUUCAGGAAGUUCACUUUCUGAUCCAUCCAAAGGAUACAGAUAAUUUUCAGGCAUUUUCAAAUGAAUUGGAAACCUGCACAAGUGGAAAUACUGCCAGUCCCAAGGGGCACAAAUCUGUACCAAGGAGUGGUAAGGAACAGCCGGUUUUCUUUGGGACCAUUUUGACCUCAACAAAAGGAAGAUAUGAAAUGCAGAUUGGCUCAAUUAAAUUUCAAGUAGGACAAGGAGACAUAACCAAAGAAGAGACGGAUGUCAUUGUAAACGUAUCAAAUAAAAGCUUUUCCCUCAAAGCAGGUGUCUCCAAAGCAAUUCUGAAAGGUGCUGGAUCAGAGGUUGAAACUGAAUGUGCUCAACUAGCCUCCCAACCUCACAAUAACUUUAUAACCACUCAAGGUGGAAAUCUGAAGUGUAAGAAAAUUAUUCACCUUGUUCCCAGUGAUGACAUCAAAGCUCAGGUCUCUAAAGUGCUUCAGGAGUGUGAAGAGAGAGGAUACAAAUCUGUUGCCUUUCCAGCAAUUGGAACAGGUCAGGCAGGCCAUGAUCCUGCUAAGGUAGCUGAUGCUAUGAUGGAUGCUGUUGUGGACUUUGCAAAUGGUAAAUCUGUUCAAUCUGUGGAAAAAAUCAAAAUCAUUAUCUUCCAGCCACAUCUAAUGGAUAUGUUCCAUGCGAGCAUGCAGAAAAGACAAGUAACUGAGCAGGUACAUCCUACGCCUGCACCACGUUCAUUCUUCUCUCGGGUUGUAUCCUAUUUUGGGUUUGGAAAACGCCCAACAGAAAAAUCCCCCUCUGUGGUUUCAAAGACGAAAAUGAUGCCAGCCAUUUUUCAGAUUUGUGGUGAAAGCUGGAAAAAUGUAGAAGCAGCUGAAUCAUGGAUUAAAAACCAGAUUUUAAAGCAACAGCUUGAAAAGACUAUAUCAGAAGAAGGGAUUUCAGGCUUUGGUGAAAGGGAGUUUGAGAAACUGAAAGACCUUCAGAAAAAAUUAUACAUUGACAUUGAUUGGGAUCUCAAGGAAGCUGUUCCUGCCAUUCGAGUUUCAGGUGUUAACCAAGAUGUCUUGAAUGCUUGCUUGGAAAUUCAAGAGCUAAUUAAAAAAGUCCGAGAAGCUCAAGAAGAGGAAUCCAAGGCAGAACUUGUUAGCAGCCUAGUUGAGUGGCAGUACUUAGAAAACGGUAGUUAUGUGCCCUUUGACAGCCUGACGAACCUGCACUUGGAGGAUGCGGCAGUGGGAAAACAGAAGGAGAUUGACAUCACUUUUGAGAACAAAAGAUAUAAAGUGGAUCUGGUAGCAAAAAGUGCUCUAGAUGAUCAAGGGAAACGUAAACCUAUUAUACGCAUCUGGAAAAUGGAAGAAAAUCAGUCAAUAGUACUCCCUGCAACAUGGGAAGAUAUGAACCAAGAGCGUGUCAAAGUUGUGCAGCUAAAACCAGAAAUGAAAGAAUAUGAAGAUGUUCAGAAAAGAUUUCAAGAGACCUGUGCGUCAUUCAAGAUCGAAAAGAUUGAAAGGAUACAAAAUCCAUACUACUGGAAGGCCUACCAGAUAAAAAAGGAGGAGAUGAAUACCAAAAAUGGCAACACGAAUAAUGAAAGACUUCUGUUUCAUGGAACAACGAGUAACUCGCUCACCGCAAUUAAUUUCAAAGGAUUUAAUCGCAGUUAUGCUGGAAUGAAUGCUGCAAACUUUGGUAACGGAACCUACUUCGCUGUCCAUGCCAGUUAUUCGGCCCAUGACACCUACUCUAAACCAGAUGCAAAUGGGAAAAAGUAUAUGUACCUGGCUCAAGUCCUCGUCGGAGCGUAUUGCAACGGGAGAAAAGGAGAUAUCACUCCACCAGCAAAAAAUCCCACCGAUCCUACAGAUCUGUAUGACAGUUUGACAGAUAACGUGAAUCAGCCAUCCAUGUUCAUCAUAUUUAAUGAUAUUCAAGCUUAUCCAGAAUAUCUCAUUACUUUCACCAGAUAAAUGUUCUUGGCACACAAGAAGAGGGGAGGGCGGGAUGUGAAGCUUCUUUAUUUGGUAAGAGUACCUCAAAAACUAUUGGCUGAUAACAAAUGUGCAAUGAUGGACAGUAUAAGAAUUGAACAUCAUGACUUGAAAUGUUUUACAUUACAUUUGAACAUCCGUUGCUUAAGCAAAACUUUUUAUACUAGCCAACAAAAGGACUACUUAAAAAUGUCAGCCUCUGUAAACUGGUAACACGGGUACCCCGCAUGAAGUUUUAAGUUCAAUGUCAGAUAAAAACUCUUCAGUUAGAUUGCAUGAUGGAAAGCUUUCCACUGUUCCCAGUCAAAUGUUAACUGUUAGCCUUUCGUAUGUGGAAUUAUGAACAUGCAGAGCUGAUAACUCUACAAGGCUGCUACUAAAUUGCCAAGCUUUUACAGUAGAGUUUGAUAUUAGUAUAAAUCAUAGAACAACUAUGCCUAUUAAUCAAGCCUUUAAAUGAGCAAAUGUCCAAAACAGUUUUUAUUUCUAAUUGGAUUUUCUAUCUGUAUCUCUAAUGAUGAUGGCAAAAUGUUGCACUUUUGGUUUUUUGUAAUAAAUGGCUGCUGUACAUUGCA